UAUGAUCGCCGUGCGGCACGAAUGGCUGCGUUGAAUGUGGAAUAAGGUUAAGGAUGGGAGAUAAAUUAAAGCGUUAUGAAAAAGUAGAAUAUUUGGGAGAAGGACAGUUUGCUACUGUUUACAAAGCAAGAGAUGCAGUAAAUGAUACUAUAGUUGCAGUGAAAAAGAUCAAGCUUGGAAGUCGAGCAGAAGCACAGGAUGGGAUUAACAGGACCGCUCUUCGAGAGAUAAAGCUAUUGCAAGAGUUAAAGCAUCCUAAUAUUAUUAACUUAAUGGAUGUGUUUGGGCACAAAUCUAAUGUAUCACUUGUAUUUGACUUCAUGGAUACUGAUCUUGAAGUGAUUAUUAAGGACAAUAACAUUGUGUUAACACCUGCUAAUAUCAAAGCAUACAUGUUAAUGACAUUGCAGGGCUUGGAAUACCUCCAUAUCAACUGGAUAUUACACAGGGACUUGAAACCAAAUAAUCUGCUUGUAAAUUGUAAUGGUGUUCUCAAGAUUGGAGAUUUUGGUUUGGCCAAGUUCUAUGGCUCUCCCAAUCGUAUUUAUACUCAUCAGGUCGUGACAAGGUGGUACAGGGCACCAGAGUUAUUGUUUGGAGCCCGUAUGUAUGGAACAGGUAUUGAUAUGUGGGCCAUUGGCUGUAUCCUGGCUGAACUGCUACUUCGAGUACCAUUCUUUCCUGGGGAUUCUGACUUAGAUCAGUUGACUCGUAUCUUUCAGGUGCUUGGUACGCCUACGGAUGAGAUGUGGCCUAAUGUAAAAAUACUGCCAGACUUCAUCACGUUCAAAACAUUUCCUGGGACACCACUACGCCACAUAUUCACAGCAGCAGGAGAUGAUCUGCUUGAUCUGGUGGCAGGAUUGCUGUCUAUUUCUCCACUCAACCGAUAUAAUUGUCAUGAGGCACUGCAAGCUCCAUAUUUCAGUAACAAGCCACCUCCUACACAAGGUCCACAGUUGCCGUUUCCCUCUUCCGUCCAGCGGAACAAUGAACACGAGAAACCUAACCUGAAGAGGAAGCUCCUGGAAACAGCAGAUGGAGCUCCUCACCCAAAACGACUGGUGUUCUAGAAGCAUCUUCCACUUAGGAGAUUGUGAAAAUACUAUGUAAUAAUAUGAUGGAAUAUGUGUAACAGAACUUUGUAUGAAGAUGAUAAUUGUUUUGUAUAAACUAUUUUUAUCCCUUGUGUGACGAGGAAAAAUAUAAUUUGAUUUUUAUA